AUGGUUGAUUCAGUCACAUUUCCCAUUUCCAGUCGAGCACACGGACCGAUGAAGUUCCGCGUAGUUUUCGUACAAGUAAUUCUGAUUGUAGUUUUCGUAGUGCAAAAUCAUUAUGGUUUUGAGGUGGAAGCAGAUUCACAGGCAUUGCAGGGUGUUGGAAACUGGUUCAACAGCCUAGAAAAAAGAGUAAAUAUUCAGGAAAUGCCAAACGAGGUUCAAGGAAAAGAUAGAAAUAUUGAAAAAAAGAUUUUAGAAUACCCUGGAAGAAUAUUUGAACAAGGCACUGGGUCAUUGCCAAAUUCUAAUGAUAACAACGAAGACACCGAUAUUACUGAUUUGGUAAAUAGUCAAGAGAUGGCAGAACUUUAUUCCGCGACUUCUUUUGAAACCCGUGCCAGUGAAGUCAGUAGUGAUGAAGUUAAAAGUGAGCCCGACACUGAAAUGGUUACAGAACUACAACGGAAACCCAAAAAAAAGAAAAAGAUAAAGAAACACAAGAAAAAUCACAGAAAAAAACACCAACCUGUCGUUCAGAUGGAGCAAAGAACAGUCACGGGCGCAGAAACAGAAAAGGCGGAAUUUGGGAACAUUGCAUAUAAAAUCCACAAUCACAAUACACCACACCACAGCAUUCAUAAAAAGAAGUUUGUAAAGAAAGCUAUUAAAGACGUCAUCAGUUUCCUCAUGCACGUCAACAAAAUAUUCGUUUUGAUCUUGGCUGAGUCCGCGGUACCCUAUUACACUAGCGUCGCAAGUCCGGCGGGACAACAGAUAUAUAAUGGCCCUAUAAAGGCCAAUGUAAUGGUUGUUGAUUACCACCAGGUCAUCAAUAGACCACCGGACAUUUAUGGAUUACCAGACCUGAUGGUAGGCAAUCGGUGCCGCCAAUAG